AUGAACAAAGUUUUGAAAUCUCAUAAACACAACAUCUCCGAUAUAAAUGAACUUCAAGCUACAUUAGACAGUAAAGCCGACAAGAACCAUACACAUAAAUCCUUCACUACUGUUAGAGCAGACGACAUAAUAUUGAACUAUACCCUUGGUUCAAGUGCACCUUUAGAGAAUCCAAGUACAAGCGUAAAAGAUACACUAAACUCCUUAAAUAGUAAAUGUAUGAACAUUGAAGGUCAUGUCAGAAACUUUGAAACACAUGAACUACCAGCAAUGUUAGAUAAAAAAGCAGAUAAAGAACAUACACAUAACUCCUUCUCAACUGUUGCUAUAGAAAGUAUUGAAGGAACGGUUGGCGGAACUGGUGGGGAGGGCGGAGCCCCGCCGCACGCGGCUGCAUUAUAUUAUAAACCUCCUAACUUUCCACAAGGUUUAACAUCGAAUGAAAACAUAACAACGAAGAAAGAAAUUAGCUGUAAAAAUGUUUAUGUCAUGGACGAUGAAAAUAAU